GACAUCUGUUACAGAUAUGAUGUAGAUGGAUGCAGCAUUCCAUUCCAGCUGCCGUUUUUCUUCAAAGAUUUGUUCACUCACUCUUGUGCCCGCCACGAUAUCUGCUACCACUGUGUGGGUAUUUGUAUGUAAGAGGGGAGCGCCACUGGUUUCAUAGAGGGUGUAUUCUUUCACACCUGUGUGGGUAUUAUAUGUAAGAGGGAAUCCAUAAGUGGCCUACAGGUAGAGGAAUGGUGUAUACUCUAAAUGUAACUUAUUACCGUGAUACAACAUUGAUUUGUCCAUGCAUGCGUGUUUUACGCUUAAAGAUAAAACAAUUGAAUAUAUAUACAUUAAAUUUAUUGUGGCGCUUGAAUGGGUAUCAAAUAUCAAAACAAGCUUAGGAACUUAAUAGCAGGGACUAUUACCCUACACCCCUACAUGCCGUUUAUUAGAGAAGCCCUCUUUAGUGCAACUUUAUGCAGGGGCGGAGCUCAAGUCGAAAAAAUAUCCAAUGUUUAUUUGUUACUUUAUAAAAAAGACAACUAAAGCUCACAAUUCUAAUUCCGAUUCCAUCAACGUCUCCAUUUCAGGGCGUGGGUGAACUUAUCUCCAGAGCGACUUGCGAUUUGAGCUUCAGAAACGACACCACAACAUCCUGCAAGUUACGCUACCUUACUCCUGAACAGAGCGGGGGGCUACUGUCCUAUGUUCCAGGUCUCGGAAAGCCGUCAUCCACAAGUCACAAACAGAGACUGGUUGAAGUCGUCGACGAUCAUGAAGACGAGUUAGCGGUGCUACUCCAGGAGGAACUCAAAGCUUUUAAUUCAAGCCAAUCGAAUCCGAGCCAGUCAGCUUACUUUGUGUUUUUUGACAUUCCGCGCACAACGAAAGUCUUGGUCAAGUGGAUUGAGUUAAUGAAAAAUGAUUUAUCGAGCCUAGAGAAAGGUAGCAGAGGCGCAAGAAGAAAGCGUAGAUUCCUCGUCGAUGAUUUAAGAUACGUCGAAGGUGUCAUCGAGAAGACUAUCUGCAGUACCAUCUACGCGGCCACGUCGCUGUUUAGGGUCACUCUCGACUGCAAAGAUAUCGGAUACUUGGCUUGUCAUUUCUUCUCAGAGAUCUACUACCUUGGAGUACAUGUCUUCGGCGGACCCAACUACCACAGGAGCUCUGAAUAUUACUGCAAGGAAAAUUUUGUCCCCAAAUGCUUACCAGGCUCUUCUCUUUGA